GCUGAAAUGAACAUCCCCCCUCCGUGUCCCCACCUCCUGUGCGACGCAAAGCAUCGGAUGGCAUGGAGACGCUGCUCGGCCUCUUCGAAGCAGCGUCCUGGAUCGGCGACGUGCUCUCGAGAAGCUCCGAGAAGGACGCCGAGCUGUCAAGUCUGGCUGUCACCGUCCAAAGUGUGACGGAGUCGGUGAAAUGCUUCUCGAGUUCUUUGCCCGAUGAGGAUAAGGCAUAUGUCUUCAAUUCCAAUCAGGUCUUCCCCGAGCUGGCGCGGGUGUUGAACUCCGCCAAGGAGGUCCUGAUGAAGUUCACCCUGUCCAUCCAGAAUGGCGUCCAGGCCAAACCGGACAAGAGCUCUGGUUUUCGUGGCAUGCUCACCAGCUCAAUGAAGCAGGGCAGCAGGACUCUUCAAGACGGAUUAGAGGCCAUCAGCAGCAAGGUGGGCCGUGCCAGUGAUCUCCUUCGCCUGCCCGAGGAUGAGCUGGGCCUCAUUCGUCAGGCCAAUUCCGACAUCAAAAACUUGUUGCCGCAACUGUCGCUUGCGAUCGCAGCAGUUUCGCUCAGAGGCUCCAAGCGCCACGCGGAGAAUUCCCUCGAGUCUCAGGCCCAACGCCAGAAGACCCUGGGCGACAAUGCGGGCCUCGAUGCGAGCGUCGAAGGCGUCCCGGCUCCAGAGACUGAGGCAAAGAGACCCUUGGUGAAUCUCAAGUUGGUGAGCGAUGCCAGCUACUUCCAGGAUCUGGAACUUCCCCGGAUGACCACCCAGGACUUGCGCCCUAUCACGGCGGUGUCGAGCGCCUCUUUGGAGAGCGAGUCGUCUCCAGGUGAACAUCAGCGGCCCACCUGCAGGCUUGUACUUGGUCGCCAAGAGCUGGUGAAUAAGAAGGUCACCUGCGAGGUGCCGACGCCCAAGACGCCCAUGGCUCUGACGAAGUUCGUGAGUCGAGAUUUCAUGCAGCUCGACAUCCCAGAAACUGUGGCGCCGACCCAGGGAACCAUCGAGAUGGCGACCUUGGCCUUGGGCUUCUGGGAAGAUUCGCAGGAGACGGCUGAGAGCGCCACGGUGGCGACGGUCUCGGGGCUAAGCUCCUUGGGCCUCUAUGUGCGACGGCACCGGGAGUCGAGGUGGCAGUUCCACGCGAAGCAGAAGAAGGUGGAGAUCAUGGAAGGGGAUCGAGUAGCCUUGGUGCUGGAGUCGCCACCGGGGUCCAUGAAGUGGUUGCCGGGGGAGGGCAAAGACCUGGAGGGCGACGAGGCCGUUUGCAUCUUGGGGUGUGAGCUCCAACGACCCUGAGCAGGGCCGACGCGACGCGUGGAGUAAACACCACGGCACGAGCUCUGCUUCCGGGGAGCGCGAGUGUAGAGAGCGUAGAGAGCGGGGUUUUAGACAGGCAGAACCACGACGGUGGGAUCUAGACAAGACUUUCGAU